AAUCUACGCCAUUAACCUCUAGUUCCAACGACAUGAUUCAUAGGAAGAAUGGACUCGUCAGCGCUGCUUCACUACCCACUCCCGUCCGAUGCGGGCCUGAAAAACCAAUAUGUUGGAAGGAGCAUCAGCGAAGUGGCCGCACCGGCAGCGAUCAUUGAUCGCGCCGUCGCGAAGCGGAAUUGCAAAGCGAUGCUUGAAGUUGCGAAGAGGCUGAAUGUGGGCUUCCGAGCACACAUUAAGACUCACAAGACAAUUGAGCUGUCUCGGCUUCAGGUGGGAGCCACAGGGCUUGCUUCAUUCAUUGUGUCGACCGUCAUGGAGCUCGAGCAACUGUUGCCCCUUCUUCUAGAAUUGCAAGCGGAGGGAAGAAGUUGUAGCGUGCUCUAUGGAAUGCCACUGCCCCCAUCAAAUGUGCAACGGUUGAUCAAUCUUGCCAAAAAGCUGGAACCUCUGGCCAUCAACGUCCUCAUCGAUCAUCCGGACCAAGUGGAGCAUUUCGAGCAAGCUUUCAUCAAAGAACCUGACAUCAGAAUUGGAGCUUUCAUCAAGGUUGAUACUGGAUAUCACCGCUCGGGUGUUGCACCAGAGAGUGCAACCCUGAAAACCAUCGUGGACAGGAUUCUGCUGGACCGCUCUCUCGUCUUGAGUGGUUUCUAUAGCCAUCUGGGCCAUAGUUACGGCGGAAACUCGGCUGCUGAAGCGAUCGGGGGACUGAUCCAUGAGAUUAGGUCUACCAAAGAUGCGGUAGAUUUAGUCUGUAAGGGACUAGAAACGCAGAAAAUGUUGACUAUUUCAGUUGGGACGACACCAACUGCGACGGCAGUCCAAAACAUAUUGAUGAAGAGCGACCCUACAGCCGAUGAAGUUCGCAAAGUGAUCGAGGAAGUGGGCGCAACGUGCCAUCUCGAAUUGCAUGCUGGCGUCUACCCGCUGCUAGAUCUCCAACAGCUCGCAACGCACGCACGCCCAAAUGAGGUACCCCGUGAUCUUGGCGCGGACUCCACCUCCGUUGCACCGCUAUCCGUAGAAAAUAUUGGGCUCCGUAUGCUCGUCGAGGUAGCAAGCCUUUACGACGAUCGAGGGACCCCAGAGGCAUUAAUCGGGGCUGGUACGCUGGCAUUGGGAAGGGAACCAUGCAAGAGCUACCCAGGCUGGGGGAUCGUGACGCCUUGGGAGGAUAGCACGGUGAGAAAUGAUCAUAGGCAAUCAGUCGGCCAAAAAGCGUCGCCUGUUUACGACGAAACAAGCCGAACUGGAUGGAUUAUUGGAAGGAUAAGUCAAGAGCACGGAAUUCUUGUGUGGCAGGGUGACCAGCGAAAUAAGAGAGAGCUCCGUGUUGGCCAGAAACUCCUGGUCUGGCCUAACCAUGCGUGCGUCGCUGGCGCUGGGUCUGGGUGGUAUUUAGUCGUAGAUUCAGAUGAACAGGAUCCGGAUAAGAUCGUGGAUGUCUGGGUAAGAUGGCGGGGUUGGUAAUUCUUCAUCCGGCAGACAUUUUGCCUAGCAGAUGGCUCGCUUUUGCAAAUGCUUCAAAUAACGCUUCUCGGCUGGAAAACCAGUGAGAUGGGAUAUCCCUUAACCCACUGGGGUGCACCACUCGGGCCAAUUUUCAGCCCGUGCAACAGCAUCGUGAUGAGGAGUGCAGGAGACAUCAACAGAGCGUGUGAACAGUCGAUUUAGCUAAAUCCCUAAACCCAAAAUCAAAUUGAUGCAACAGAACAGUAAAGCUCGACUCUAGAGACCGGGUAUAUAUAGCUACCUACAAGCAAUU